UAAAUUUAAAAUGCAAAAGUUCUAUAUUUUUACAAAAAUAUAUAUUUUUGCCGAAUUAAUCAGAAUAUUCUAAGAUAUCAAAAUUUUAGUCAUUUAAGAAAUCGAAAAAGAUAAGUAAAAUGGAACACAAAAAUAAUUAUAUUAUUUCCCUUAAAAAGUAACUACAACAACCGGCGAAAAUACCCUUAUAACUAUAGAUGAAACAGAGCCAAGCAAGCGUUCAGAUCGUUUAGUUGAGAACACAAUUAUAGAGGAUCAAGCCACAACUUCUAUGCAGGCGCUUAAUGAAGCAAUCAGUCUGAACGGAAACCGAACUAAUACUGAUUUAACAAACAAACAAAUUUUCAAUGAACAUGAAAAAACUAAAAUUUCAACUGCGAAUUUAAUUUUAACACAAGUUAAAGAUAGAGCUGCUGAACUGUAUUUGAUAAAUAGUAGUUCUGACACUGAACUAAAAAAUGUUACUAGGGGUUUAGUUCGUUGUAGUAACACAGAGGAUUUGACGGAACUAUUAGACGACCCAACACCAACUCAUUCAGUACACUCAAUUGGUUCCAUUGUAUGUCGCAUUUGUCACACAGCUGAAAACACUGAUAAAUUAGUUUCUCCAUGUUUGUGCAAGGGAUCGCUGACUUAUGUACACAUCUAUUGCCUUGAACGCUGGAUUAGCACAUCGAGAAGUACCACUUGUGAAUUAUGCCAAUUUGUAUACAACACGGAGCAAACCUUACG